AUGGAGAUAGAGUUUGUGGGUGAAAAUGACCAGUUAUGGAGCCCGGAGAGAUUGGUGAGGCUGGGUUAUGCAGCAUCUCAGGAUUCAAGAGAUGAAUGUAAUGAGACGGAAGGCAGCAGGAUGAGUAAAUUAAGAAGGACAAGAAAGAAAGUCACUAAAUCACAUAUUUCUUCAACUGAAAUAGGAGAAAUGGAUAUGUCCAUCUCAAAAGAAAGGAUCAAAGAACAAAUGGUGUGUCACACAUUAGGGGAUACGAGCAACCCAGCUGUGGGAACUGGCUCUGAUGAAUCGCAUCCGCAAGAUGACAAGGACUCCCAGGAUCAUACAGCAGAAAUGAAACCCUCACCCCUCAAAACAUCAGCCAGGGCUCCUGGUAAUGAAUUCAACCCAGACUCCAGCUGUACUGAUGACACUGGGGACAGCACACAAAUUCUGAAGGUACCUCAACUCUCCUCUAGAAUGAAGCACAUUAAAAAAGAGAUGGCCAAAAAUCACCUUCAGUUUGUGCGAUUUGAAGCAACAGAUCUCCACGGGGUGUCCAGGUCUAAGAGUAUCCCUGCACACUUCUUCCAGGAAAAAGUGGCCCACGGUGUUUUCAUGCCCCGAGGUUAUCUCGAAUUGAUGCCGAGUCCUAAGGGCCACGAAGUGGAUCACAUAAGAGCCACAUGUUUUAACAGCGACAUCGUCCUGAUGCCCGAGCUGGCCACCUUUCGGGCGCUGCCAUGGGCGGAGAGGACGGCGAGAGUGAUCUGCGACACAUUCACGGUGACGGGCGAGCCCUUGUUGACGUCCCCGCGGUACAUCGCCAAGCGGCAGCUGAGCCAGCUGCAGGGCGCGGGCUUCUCCCUGCUCUCUGCUUUCCUCUACGACUUCUGCGUCUUCGGGGCGCCCGAAGUGAUCAAUUCCAAGACCAUCUCCUUCCCGGCUGCAACCUUGUUCAGCAACCACGACCAGCCCUUCAUCCAGGAGCUGGUCGAUGGUUUGUGCCACACCGGAGCCCAUGUGGAGAGCUUCUCCUCCUCCACCAGGCCGGGGCAGGUGGAAAUCUGUCUGCUGCCCGAAUUUGGCAUCGGUUCAGCCGACAACGCGUUCACCCUCCGAGCAGGCGUCAGAGAAGUGGCCCGGAAAUACAAUUACAUCACCAGCUUUUUCAUCGAGACUGGCUUCUGCCAUUCAGGAAUCUUGUCUCACAGUCUCUGGGAUGUGGGAGGGGAGACCAAUCUGUUCUGCAGCAGCCCCGGCCCCGGCCCCGGGCCGCCGCUCUCCGCCACCGGGAGGCGAUGGGUGGCCGGACUCUUGAAACACGCGGCCGCGCUCAGCUGCCUGCUGGCUCCUGCCCGCAGCUGCCGGAAACGCUACUCCAAGGAGAGCAAAGAGCAGCAGGAGAGCGUGCCCACCACGUGGGGCUACAAUGACAACAGCUGUGCCUUUAAUAUCAAGUGUCACGGGGAGAAGGGCGCCCGGGUAGAAAACACACUGGGCUCAGCCACGGCCAAUCCUUACCUGGUGUUGGCCGCCACGGUGGCAGCAGGUCUGGACGGACUUCAAAGCCGCGAUGGUGCCCUGCCUGUCCCCGAGGAUGAUGACAGCCCUGAGCCUUACCCGUCAAAGCCUCCUGAGAUCCCUUUGAAGCUGGAAGAUGCCCUCGUGGCGCUGGAGGAAGACCCAUGUCUGCGACAGGCUCUCGGAGAAACUUUCAUUCGGUAUUUUGUUGCCAUGAAGAAAUAUGAGCUGGAACAUGAAGACACAGAUGCGGAGAGAAAUAAAUUCCUGGAGUAUUUUAUUUAG